AUGACUACGACUACACCAACUACUCCAGUGAUUGUAUCACUUUUGGAUACUGAUCUCUAUAAACUUUCUAUGCAUGCUGCGGUAUUUCAGCACUUUAAGGAUGUACCCGUCGCAUAUAAAUACACCAAUAGAACUCCAGGAAUGGUUCUUAACCACGAAGCAAUCGGGUGGUUGAAGCAACAAAUCUCAAGUUUGGGAGAUUUAAGAUUUACAAAGAAUGAAAUUGCUUAUUUAAAGGAAACAUUACCACAAUUACCUUUAGAUUUUAUAAAUUAUCUAUCAGAAGACUUCCAAUUACGUCCUAAGGAACAAAUUAAAUAUACUAAUGAUGAAGAGAACUUGGAAAAUUUUGAAAUAGAAAUGAUUGGAACGUGGUCUGAUGUUAUUUUAUAUGAGAUUCCAAUUUUAGCAUUAGUAUCUGAAGCCUAUUUCAAGUUUGUUGAUACUGACUGGAAUUAUGAUGGCCAAGAGGAAUUGGCACUCUGGAAAUGUGAUCAAUUGGUAACUAAUGGAUGUAUGUUUAGUGAAUUUGGAACUAGAAGAAGAAGAUCAUUUAAAACUCAAGAAAUUGUGGUCAAAAAAUUAGCUGAAUAUCAAAGUAAAUUACCUCAAGAUAAGAAAAAGUUAAUAAUUGGUACUUCUAAUGUUUUCCUUGCACAAAAAUAUGGAUUGAAUCCAUCAGGUACUGUUGCACAUGAAUGGUUUAUGGGAAUUGCAGCCAUUACCAAUGAUUAUGCGAAUGCCAAUAAAGUUGCUAUGGACUAUUGGCUUAAAACUUAUUCUUCCAAAUAUGCUGGAUUAGCAUUAACUGAUACUUUUGGUACUGAUUCAUUUUUAAAAGUAUUUGAACCUCCAUAUUCUGAUAGUUAUACUGGAGUGAGACAAGAUUCUGGAGAUCCUUCAGAAUAUGCAGAGAAACUUGCUCAUCAUUACUAUGAAGUUUUAAAAUAUCCAAAGUUUUCCAAAAUAGUUUGCUUUAGUGAUUCUUUAAAUUUGGAAAAAUGUUUUAAAUAUAAAAAGCAUGCUGAAGAUUUAGGACUCUUAGUUACAUUUGGUGUGGGUACCUUUUUCACCAAUGAUUUCAAGAGUGCUGAUGGAAACAAGUCACAACCAUUGAAUAUUGUCAUCAAACUUAAGGAAGCAGGAGGAAAUCCAUGUAUUAAAAUCAGUGAUAAUAUAGGUAAAAAUAUGGGAGAUUCUAAAACUGUUGCAAGAGUAAAGAAGAUUUUAGGAUAUGAGGAACGUGAAUGGGAAGUUGAUGAGAACAAAAGGUGGUAA